AUGUUUUUGGAAGUUUGGUCACCAUCGGUUAAACUUGUGAAAAAGGAAAUAAAAAAGGUAAAGGUUUGGGUUAAAAUUCAUGAGGUUCCUAUUGCUGCUUACACGGAAGAUGGUUUGAGCUUGAUUGCUUCAGCAAUUGGGGAGCCUAAAGCUUUAGAUUCUUUUACAACAUCAAUGUGUGUUGAUGUAUGGGGUCGAAGUAGUUAUGCUCGUUCCCUUGUGGAGAUUUCAGCCGAGAAUGAGUUUAAGGAGGAGUUAGUCAUCGCGGUUCCAUGUUUGGAUGGGGAUGGGUUUGUGAAGGAGAAAGUUUAUGUUGAGUAUGAAUGGUUUCCUCAUAGAUGUGGGCGGUGCUGCGUGUUUGGUCAUAAUGAGGAUGCAUGUCCGAAGCAAGUUACUCGUGUACCCAUGAGUGGAAAUAAAGGUAAGGAACAAAAGGAGGUUAGGCAUAACGUGGGUUCGAAAAAAGGUAGAAGUACGGACGUUGAUGGUUUUACGGACGUGGAUAGUAAAAAGGUAGCUAGAAGGACUGGUUUUCCGGUUAAUAAACCAAAACCGAAGUUUGAGUAUAGACCGGUGGCUCCUAAAGUGCAGGGUAAUCCGAAUGUUCAACCCAAACCGCCUAAUGGGGUGGCUGUGAAGAACUCCUUUGAUGCUCUAAGGUAUGAAAAAGGGGAGUCUAGUAAAGCUGGUGAUGAGCUGGGUAGUGAUCAGGAGGAGUCAAAUGAUGAGGAAGUUACGGAGGUUUACAAUGAAACAAACGAAUUUAUUAGAGAGGACAACCAUGGAACUACAACCAAAAAAGGGGCAAGCACUCCUGUUUCAGUAGUUUUAAAUGCAAACUAUUAUGUGACGCGUCGGGAGUUGUGGCAACAUUUGAAAAUGCAUAAAGCGUUGGUUAGGAAUGAUCCUUGGGUUAUAAUGGGGGACUUUAAUUCAGCUCUUAACCUUGAAGAUAAAUCCAUGGGGGUCUCUACUAUUUCUCAAGGUAUGCGAGAGUUCAAGGAGUGUGUGGAGGAAAUUGAGAUGUUUGAUGUUAACCGUGUUGGUAUGCACUUUACAUGGAAUCAAAAGCCGAAAAAUGGGGUGGGUUUACUGAAGAAAAUUGAUCGUGUUUUGGGUAACACUGCUUUUGUGACAGAAUAUCCGGAAUCGGUGGCUUUGUUUCAGCCGUAUGGUAUCUCGGAUCAUUGCCCAUGCAUUUUAAAAUUUCCAAAGGUUGUGAACGUGAAACCGAGACCAUUUAAAUUCGCAAAUUUUUUGGUUCAUAAGCCAAAGUUCUUGGAUAUAGUUAAAGCUGAAUGGGAUACUUCUAUCAAUGGUGUUUAUCAGUUCCAAGUUAUGAAGAAGUUGCGGAUGUUGAAAUCUCCUCUCAGGGCCCUCUUAUUUGCUCAAGGAAACUUGCAUAAAAAAGUGGUGGAUCUUCGUGACAAGCUUGGGAGUCUUCAAAAGGCUAUUGAUCAGGAUCCGACGAACGAAGUGCUAAGGAUUGAUGAAACAAAAGUUUUGAGUGAGUUUCAGGAAGCUUGUCUUGAUGAAGAAAGAUUCUUGAAACAAAAAAUCCAAAGUGGAGUGGUUGCGAGCGGGUGA